AAGUGAACACAUUGUAGGCAUUCAUAGCAUUCACUCUCCCAUUGAAUGUGCAUUCAAUACAUUGAGACAACUCUAUAGAGACUGUCCUUGACUUCAAACUUGAGAUCUGAUAAACACUGAUAUUAUCAUCACUUCACUCAUUGUUUACCACUAUUUGCCUGCAAUUCAGCUAAUCGUCACUUCAGAAAAACUUUCCACUCAAUUAUCACACAUUUUGACACUCAUUUGUGUCUAGAAUUCAUUAAUUGUUUCAUUUAAUUGAUCCAAAAGCUGAGAAGAGAUGGCAAAUCUUAAGUUAAUAACCAACGCUAACGUCAAGAAAUCAUUGGUCAGUUUAGCACCAAUUGUCAACUCUAUAAGACAUCAACACAAUUGGUGGUCUAAUGUAGAGAUGGGUCCGCCCGACGCCAUCCUCGGUGUGACCGAAGCCUAUAAGAAAGACACGAAUCCCAAGAAAAUCAAUUUGGGUGUCGGCGCCUAUCGGGACGACAAUAGCAAACCAUAUUUACUGCCAUCUGUUCUCAAAGCCGACGAGAUUUUGAGAUCAAAGAAUUUGGAUAAAGAAUACCUUCCGAUCAGCGGUUUCGCCGAAUUUACUGCCGCCGCCGCCAAACUGGCCUUUGGAGACAAUAGUAGAGUCAUCUCUGAAGGACUGAAUGCAACGGUUCAGGGAAUCUCUGGAACCGGUUCGCUGAUGUUGGGCGCGAACUUCUUAAGGGAUUUCCAUUCGGGGCCCAAAGAGGUGUAUAUGCCGACUCCCACGUGGGGUAAUCACAUACCUCUGUUCAAAAGGGCCGGAUUUGCGGUCAAACAGUACCGCUAUUACGACCCCAAGACGUGUGGCUUUGAUUUCAACGGCGCUCUUCAAGAUUUGGCUAAAAUACCCGAAAAAUCAGUGGUUCUUCUGCACGCCUGCGCUCACAACCCGACGGGAGUCGACCCAAAACCCGAACAAUGGAAAGAGAUAUCGAAAAUAAUGAAACAAAGAAAUUUGUUUGCAUUCCUCGAUAUGGCUUAUCAGGGGUUCGCCACCGGAGACAUCGAUAGAGACGCCACUGCUGUCCGUAUGUUUGUCGAAGACGGCCAUCAAAUAGCUGUCGCCCAAUCGUUCGCCAAGAAUAUGGGUCUGUAUGGCGAAAGAGUGGGUGCUUUCACUUUAGUGUCCUCUUCUAAAGAGGAAACAUCACGGGUUAUGUCUCAGAUCAAGAUCAUUAUUAGACCGUUGUAUUCCAACCCUCCGGUAAAUGGGGCCCGAAUUGCGGCUCUCGUUAUGAAUGACCCGACGUUAAGAAGUCAAUGGCUUAAGGAUGUGAAAGGAAUGGCCGAUCGAAUCAUUUCGGUUCGAACUCGACUUAGAGAUGGCCUGAAACGCGAGGGUUCGACUAAGAACUGGCAGCACAUCACUGACCAGAUCGGUAUGUUCUGCUUCACCGGUAUGGACAAGGAUCAGGUCGAGCGCAUCACUAAGGAUCACAGCGUUUACCUCACGAAAGACGGCCGCAUAUCUAUGGCUGGCGUCACGUCCGGGAAUGUCGACUAUUUAGCACAUGCUAUGCAUAGCGUCACCAAAUAAUCAUUGGAUUCGCAAUAAAAUUAGAUAAAACUGUUAAUGAGUUUAGAAAGUAUUGAAUAAUUGAUUGGUUGCAGUGAACGACCGGUUAUUAAAUGCAAUAAAUUGUACAAUUAGUCGAAAAUCAUGUCUUUAAAUAAAUGCUAAACAGAAUCGUUG